CAAGAUGCGACACAUGUCAAAAGCAUGCUGCACCACGUGUCAUUAGUUACUUCUGUCUGUUUACUCAGUUGAUAGUUUUCCCGCGUUGUCCCUUUGGCUUCCCAUCCGAGAGGACAAAGGACGCCAGAAAACAAUGGAGCCAUGGGUCCCGUUGUUCGACAUUUUCAUGAAUAGCCCAACACCAGAAACGGAAGCAUCUCUUUGGCUGCAGCAAUCUUUCAAUGCGACGACAUCAUCAUCGUCAACAGCAACUCCAAUCACCACGAGCUCCUUUUUUUCCUUACUUAUCAAACCCUGCAAUUCCAUUGUCAAAGGCUCAUCUUUAUCUUCACCUCCCACAACAAAAAGGAUUUUGUUUAUAGAGACUUUACCAGGUAUGGUUCAGUCAAGAAUAUUGUCAUUUCUUGCUUUGGAGAAUAAGAGAUUUAAUGGGAAGGAAUUAUCUAAGUUGGCACGUCAUUUAUUGAGUGAAAGUCAACAGCUUGAUUUUUGGGUCAAGAGAGCAGCACGGAAUCUGCUUGAUGCAGUGUCUGAACCAAAUGUUAAUGACUGGGUUUCUGGUUUUAGUUUGGACUCUGGUGAAGAAACAGUAGGUGAAGAGUUUGAUUCCUUGCCGGAUUGGCUCAAGGACAUGGCUGCAGCUAAUGAUCCGCUUCUCUCUUGGCUUCCUUUAUCUGCAGCUGAUUUUGUUCCGAGGUUUUGUGAUGAUAAUUUGAAAAAUGAUGAGGGUUUGUUUAGUCAAGUUGAAGAAAAUGGAGAAAAUGACUUGAAGGAAGUUGGGGAGGAGAUUGAGAUGCAUCAGGCUCUAAAUGUGCCUUUAGAACCUGAAAUUGAAAAAGUGGCUGUUAGUUUAAAAGGCAGGGUUUUGAACUUUGAAUCUAGUUUAAAAGCUGCAGCUUUAGCGAAUGAAAUUCGCCAACUUUGCUUGGAUAAAGGAAGGAAAUCUUUUCAAGUUUUGAGUCUGAUUGAGCCUUGGAAAGCAGAAGAUGAGACUGCUUCAGUGCUAAUUUCUCAUCUUUCAAGUGGGGAUGAAGAAGAGCUUGCUUGGCCAAGUCAGGUUCUCUGCUCAACUGUGCUUCCCAAGUUUCUGGUUCUACAAGAGCCAGCUUCUCGUCUGCUGGUUACUUCAACAAUUGAGUACUGCAAGCUCCAUCAGAGGGCUGCUGUGCACGCAUUAUUGUUUCCACUUGUAUUGCGAAGGGAGGGUAUCAAUAACCUGAUCUGUGAUAUGAUUUCUAGGAUUGUGAGGGAAUGCUUGCACCCAGCUCAUGUUUCUGCCUUCUGCCAGAAGCUUCUUUGUGGAGGCCAGGAGGAGAGGAGAUUCAUCUUGCUUCCAUGCCACCAAUAUCUUGUGUCCAAUGAAUUGGUAUGGACAGAUUCAUUGUUUAACUUCUUCCAGAACAUCUUAAAUCAUAAUGUUCACUUGACUCAGGAUUCGGUUGAUUGUCUUGUAUACCAUGUUAGGCAAAUGGCGGAAAGAUUUUCCAAAUCUUUAAAAUUUGGAAACUUCGUGUUAUGUUUGGUCAGUAAAUGUGCUUCACUUCUGAAGUCACAUAAGAAUGUAUUGACUGAAGCAGUUGAGUGCACAAAUACUAUUGUAACAAAAUCCAUAUUAUCAAAAUUGGCUAGCUUCUAACUAUUUUGUUUAAUCUCUUCACUGGAGUCUUAUUUUAUUAUUAUUAUUAUAUAUAUUUUUUGUCAUUCUUUUGAUGGAUAUUGUAACUGAGAGUCCGCAUAUGAGGGCAUAUAAAUGACAUGCUUUUUGGAUCUCAUUUAAAACCUUUUGUUGCUGCUAGGAAAGGAUGGGCCACUGAUAUUAAAACUGUUAAAUAUUUGUUCACAGUAGCUGUAAGUGCUAGUCUUGGACCUCUUGGUUGUCUGGUAUGUAAAUUGCAGUUAUAUUUAGAUUUUAGACCACUAACUACUUGACGACAUCGACAAAACCGUUAUGCAACAGUUACUAAUUUGUUAUGAGGUAUUACAAAAACAGGGAAAAAAAUUACUGUCUGUCAUCCUAAGAUAAUCUAGUAAUAUGAUACAAGAUGUUUGUAGAAUAUUUGCAAAAUCCUAAAUUCCAAGUCUGUGACCUCGCUAGUUCUAUUCAUAAUACAGUGAAGCUGCCUAAGAAAAUUCUGCAGGUAGAGGUAUGUUCAUCACGCAGUUGAAGUUUAUGCCAGGAAAUAUAUAUAUGGAUGUAUUGGACUCAUCUUUCUUUCUUUCUUUUUCCUUUUCUUUCUAUUCAUGAUGGCGUGUUAGUUUCUGAAGUCUACACUUAAAAAGGUAAGUCAACUGAGAAGCUUUGCAAAGAAAAACUUACCUGAUUUUUUUUUUUUUUUGAUACAAAGGAGGUUGCAAUUUGAGGAUAAGAGAAAAGGUUACAGGUGUUGGUAUUUAAAUUUCAUAUUUACUGAAUGCCGCUUCUUACAGAUGACUGAAAUUUUUAAUGUCGAAAAAUAAGUGAAAUAGCAACUUGCGAUUACUUUCGAAUGAUAACUGGUUUACGGUAAAG